AAGAAGCACCAAAAGCGCUUGAGCGCGCCAUCACAUUGGCUCCUCGACAAGCUUUCUGGUACCUACGCUCCCCGCCCUUCCCCUGGUCCUCACAAGCUCCGCGACUGCAUGCCCUUGAUUGUCUUCAUCCGAAACCGUCUCAAGUAUGCUCUCAACUCUCGUGAGACGAAGGCGAUUGUUAUGCAACGCCUGAUCAAGGUCGAUGGCAAGGUCCGCACCGAUGCCACCUACCCAGCCGGCUUCAUGGACGUCAUCAGCAUCGAGAAGACUGGCGAGCACUUCCGUUUGGUCUACGACACCAAGGGUCGUUUCACCGUCCACAGAAUCCAGGCUGAGGAGGCGGAAUACAAGCUUGGAAAGGUCAAGCGGGUGCAAUUGGGCAAGGGCGGAAUCCCAUUCUUGGUCACGCACGAUGCUAGAACUAUCCGUUACCCAGACCCUGCCAUCAAGGUCAACGACACCGUCAAGAUUGACCUUGCUACUGGCAAGAUCACCGACUUCAUCAAGUUCGAUACCGGUGUUAUUGCUAUGGCCACUGGUGGUCGUAACAUGGGCCGUGUUGGUGUCAUUACCCACCGUGAGCGUCACGAUGGAGGCUUCGCCAUUGUUCACAUCAAGGAUGCCAUUGACAACUCCUUCGCUACCCGUGAGAGCAACGUCUUCGUCAUUGGGUCAGAGAAGCCCUGGAUCUCCCUCCCCAAGGGCAAGGGUGUCAAGCUCUCUAUCGCCGAGGAGAGAGAUCGCAGACGUGCACACGCCCUUGCAGGCCACUAA